GGUUGUUCCAUUUUGCCAUUGAAAUAAAUCGCGAAGGCGCAAGAUGAUCGUGCCGGUGCGCUGCUUCACGUGCGGGAAGGUCCUCGCCAACAAGUGGGAGACGUACCUGAGUCUCCUCCGCGCAGAUUACACAGAAGGCGACGCGCUGGAUGAGUUGUCCCUCAAGCGAUACUGCUGCCGGCGUAUGCUCUUGACCCACGUCGACCUCAUCGAAAAGCUGUUGCAUUACAACACCGGAGCGAUCGAACGUGGCGGCGACGAUUAGACCACCCCACCGUAACGUGUAGUCGAGUGUUUGCACCCCAACUGGAUCCUCGAGACCCGCCAUUAAACUUAAAUACAUCCCCCACGAGCCCUACCAUCCACGUGGCGGCACUCGCUUCUUCGCACCAAGGUGUCCCUCCUUCUUUGUCCACGUGCCACCUUCCGCUGCAUCCACCAUCCCCAUGACCCAGUCCCGAGCCUUGCAUCUUCACACACAAGCCUUCUCAUUACAUCCGUCGCACGUAUUCAUACUUGUACGAUAUUCCAAUGAUAACUACACCGAAGGCUAUGGCCAUCGUUGGUCUGCA